UGCUUAACUGUUGAAGGAAAAUCUAUUUGGGAAAAGGCAAUUGAUUGCGAAAAAAGAAAAUCAAUAAUUUAUUCUUGGGAAUCAAUUGGAAAAAUCAAAGAAUUUCAAACUCCUUCAUCAAAAUAUUUAACAGAAUCAGAUAUUUAUACAUUUGAAACCAUUAUCUUUAAACAUUUUCAUGAUCAAUUUUCAAAUUAUGGAUUAGGAAACACCAAAUCAUAUAAUAAUUUGAUCAAAGUAAGAUUAAAAAAAUUUGUUAACAAAAUACCUGACAUUAGAAGUGAAGGUUAUAGUGCUAAAAGUAUGAAAAUGAUUUUAUUAAGAUUUUCAAACAUCGGAACACAUAUAAAAAGAUUAGAAAAUGUCGCAGAAAAAUGUAUCAAUAAUCCACAUUUUUAUGGUUUGACUGGUGUGGCUUUUGGGAGAAGCCUUGAUUGUUUCACUUCUUUUAUAAGAACUUCAAUUCUUGUUAGGAUAGAAAAAUCUAUAAUAAAUGAUGAUCAAAUCAAAAUCAUUCAAUUAUAUCAUUUAAUGGAUGAAACUUCAAUCAUACUUGAAAUAAUUGCCAGAUUCUGUAAAUGUGAUGUAUCUGAACAACAUCUUUUAUUAUUACCUGAAAUUCAACAAGAACAAUGGAUGGAUCAAGGAUUCUAUUUACCAUUUGGAAAUGAUAUUCUAUCAGAAAUCUAUAAUUUUAUAGAAUUAAUUGAUAUAUCUGGAUCAUUGUUUCUGAAAUCAGUUUUUCUUGCAUUCUUAGAACAAUCUAGUUGUCCCUUCUUUGAAAUGUUAAGUUCUUGGUUAGGUAUAAAUACAAGUUCAAAUGAUAACAUCAAUAAUGACAAUGACAAUAAUAACUAUUCUUUGUUAAGUGAAAUUCUUGGUGAUCAAUAUUGUGACCCAUAUGAUAUUUUAGAAGCUGGGAAAUCACUUAGACUUUUACGAGAUUGUUACCCAAAUCAUGCUUUAUGUUAUCUUGGAAUGAAAUCUCAUGAUCAAAAAAGCAACACAACUUCAUCAACAUUAUGGAGUGUCAAUUUGAAAUGGAUUUUUACACAAGGAGAAAUUGACGAUAUGCAUGAUCAUCUUCGAAACUACUUGAAAGAUAAGACUUUUGAAAUCCUUGCUCAACAAAAACAGAGAAAGAUUGAUCAUCUUCCAAUUAAUAAAACUAAUAGCUUAUUUCAGAAGCAGCAACUAAAUCAACAACAGCAUCAUAAUCACCACCAGUGUCAUUUCAAUUCUAAUUCUAAUCCUAUCAAUCACUCAAAAGUAGAAAAAAAGGGUUCAAAUAAUUAUACAAGCAAAACAUUAGUAUUUGACAUAAUCUCAAACAAAGAAAAUCCAACAAUAACCUUAAUAGAGCAUUUUAUUGAAACUCAAUCAUCUCAAAAAUCCUAUAAACAAUACGUUCCUCCUUUAGGCGUGAUAAAAGAUCUUGUUAUAAGACACACUCUUUUAUCCUAUUGUCAAUUGUUAAAUUCUUCAAUUCUUUCUGUAUUUUUUCAAGAAUAUAAUCUUUGCGCACAUUUUAAAGUUUUAAAAGACUUUAUGCUCAUGGGGAAUGGUAAAUUUGUUCAAGGAUUGAAUGAUGCUCUUUUUAGUGAUAAUGUUGAUUACGGUGAAAAAUUUUAUGACACCAAUUAUUCAUCAUUACUACAAUCUCCAAUUAAUGCAUGGGCCAAGGUUAAUAACCUGGACGAUUUACUUAUGUUUUCCAUAAAAAAAUCAGAUGAUUAUGAAUCAUGCAAUGAUCCUCAUGUAGAGGCUCUUGACUUCCUUCAACUGGAAUAUAAACCGCCAUAUCCAGUCAACAUCAUAAUAUCGUCAAAUGUGCUCGACAACUAUUAUAAAAAGAUUUUCACGCUUUUAUUACGUAUUUUACGUAUGGGAUCCGUUGUACGACAUAUUUUUAAAUUAUCUCAUAAUCGCUACUUAUAUUACGACGAUGCCAAUAAUGAUUACAAUGAUAGCAAGUUGAUUCAUAUUUUUUGUUUCCGAUCACAACAAUUUAUUGCCGCUUUAAAUGACUAUGUUUUUGACAUUGUUAUUUCUUCCACAUGGUCAACUUUAAUGAAAAGAUUGAAUAAAAUUGCAAAAGCAUCAAAAUUUGAUAACAGUGAAUAUGCUAUUAAAGAUCUUGAAUCAUUACGUUCAUACCAUGAACAUAUUUUAGAUUGUAUAUUAUUUCAAUGUUUUCUUAAAGAGGAUCAAGAACAUAUAAUAAAAGAUUUAAAUGAAAUCCUAUCAGUCAUUUUAUCAUUUGCUAGAACGUUACGACAUAGAAGGUUUCGUAAUUACAGUGAACAACAGAAACAAGAAUAUUGGAGCACAAUUAACUCUUUAUAUGAAAAAUUUAUAUUAUAUACAUCGAAUUUUGUAAAUACAUUAAAGUCAUUGGAUGAAAAAGGAACUAGAUACUCGGAUUUUUAUUUUCAAUUACUUGUCAGUAAAAUUGCUAGAAAUUAA